AUGGCGGCGCCCGUCGCUAUAGCGGCGGCCCGGGCCGUGCGGUGGGUCGUCAGAGUCGCCGCGGCUGGGCCCGGUGUCUUGCAGGCCUCUGCACUCCUCACCCGCUGGAGUGGGAGCAGCUCCGCGCUGAGCAGCAUCCUGGGUAUCCCAGCUGAAAAGCCGAGCGACACGCUGGGCCGGCACCCACCGCCCGUUGCCACCAGCAACGAGGAACAAAACCGCCUGUUACAGAAUCAGCCUGACCAGCCCCAGAACCCCAAGGUUUUAAGAAUUGCCAUCAUUGGGGCACCCAACGCUGGAAAGUCCACACUCUCUAAUCAGCUCUUGGGCAGAAAGGUUUUCCCUGUGUCUAAGAAAGUGCACACAACCCGAUGCAAAGCCCGGGGUGUUGUCACAUAUGAGGACACACAACUGAUAAUUUUGGACACACCUGGCCUCACUAAUCCUUAUAAAGUCAAAAGACAUAAUUUAGAUAAAGCCAUGCUGACAGACCCAUGGGACAGCAUGAAACAUGCAGAUUUAGUUCUGGUUUUGGUGGAUGUGUCGGAUCAUUGGACACGAAACUCUCUGAGCAGGGAGGUGCUGAAGUGCCUUUCUCAGUUUCCUCAGAUCCCCAGUGUCCUGGUUCUGAACAAGGUGGAUCUGCUAAAAAAUAAAUUUCUUCUGCUGCAGCUAGUAACUGAGCUAACAGAGGGAGUUGUGAAUGGAAAGAAACUGGAAGUGAGAUCUGCUUUUAAACAGGAUUCCAGUUCUGCAGCAAUGUCUCCUCAUCAGAUUACUCAGGCUUCUCCACCUGAGAACAGGGCCCCUGAGUCUCACUGUCUGCAGGAAGCAGAUCAAGCUCAAGAAGGCUCUAGCUUGGACAACAGCAGCGAUGAAAGGGCUUCUGAGUCCAGGCUGGUCGCAGAAGAAGCACAAGGGCCAAAGCACUAUGGAGCCAGAGAUCGAAAACAUAAGACAGGCUGGCCAUGCUUCCAGGAGAUCUUCAUGCUGGCAGCUGUCCAUGGGGAGGAGGUGGAUACACUCAAGCGGUACCUCCUGAUGCAAGCCAAGCCAGGUCCUUGGGAGUUUCACAGUGGAGUCUUGACCAGCCAGUCACCUCAGGAGAUCUGUAACAAUAUCAUCAGGGAGAAGAUCCUGGAGUACCUGCCGCUGGAAGUGCCCUAUGGUGUGACUCAGGUGACAGAGGUGUGGGAGGAAGGACCGAGUGGGGAGCUGCUCAUUGUGCAGAGCCUUUUAGUCCCAAGAAAGUCUCAUAUGAUGAUGUUGAUUGGAAGAGGAGGUAAGGUUAUCAGCAGGAUUGCUCAGGAGGCUGGCCAGGACCUGAUGAAUGCUUUCCUGUGUGAUGUUCGCUUGAAGCUCAAGGUGGACUUGAAGACUUGAGCUCUUUGCAUAUGUUCUAACAUCUCCUGAACACUCUGGUCUUGUGAAGAAACUGGCUCCAUUUUCCCUCAGGGCUGUCCUGACUGAACCUUUGUCCAAUCCAGAAACAGAGAAAGAUGGAAUGCAGGCUGAAGUAGAAUGUAUCCUUCAUUGGGGGAAUAGCCCAAACUGAAAUAAAAUCUUAAGACCUCCUGUGGCAGGUCUCCUAUGGCAGGUGGAAGCUGAGGGAUGGGCAUUAGAGGACCAGCUACACACAUGAUUCUAACACUGCAAUUACAGAGCUGUCAUCAACUUUUGGGCUGUGUCCCAAGUCUUUACUGUCAAGUGUUUGUGCCUGGAAGUUCAGGAGCAUCUCAACUCUUUAGAUGACAAAAGGCUUCAGUGAAGGAUUAUCAGCAUGUUUGUCAUCUCUUCUGAAGGCUGACUCACCCCAGCAGUGGUUGGGCAGGAGGAAGAGGCUACCCUGGCCCACAUGGUGUCUCAUGUCACCUGUUGAAAUGUUUGAGUAUGAGUGGAUGGCUGUGCAGGGAGCCAGUUUUGCCCAGGUAGACCGAGCAGAGGAGUUUGCUGGCUAGCAGAAACACCCCACAGUGACUGGGUGUGACAGAGGAAGCUCUCAAACUCUAUGUAGAUACUCAAGGCCAGCUGUUUCCAGCUCUAGUGUUGGAGCUCUUCCUGCAGGCUGCCAUGUACCAUCCUCUUAGAUGACUGCCAGCUGCUGCCUUCAUUCUGACUUCUUCUUCUUGUUCCCUCUCUUUCCCCUGUCAUCCUUUCCUGUCUUGUGGUACUCGCUCCAGAAGGCUGGGUCCAGUCACAGACUGAUCCCAGUGGGUUGCUGAAGAGGUGAGAAAUGGAGCUGUGGUCCAGUCUAGGUGUGUCUAUGAGCUGCUUCCCUGACCAGCAGCGAGAGGAGCAGGGAGGUCAGGGAAUGGCACUUGCUGGAGUGUAUUAAUUAGGAAGUGAAAUGGAGCAGGGAAUAGCUAUCUUUCUGCCUCUAUGCAUCUUGUUUCUGCUGCCCAGUGGGGUCCUUGGAGCACUGAGCAGCUUCUUGCCAGGGUUCCAGGUAAAUCCCUGUGUGCUGUUAGACAUCCCUGAGUGAGGAAAGGCUGGGCUGCUGCUCCCACUGAAGUGAUCUGGUAGGGGCUGCUGGGGACUCUCCGCUCCUGCCUGGAACUCAAACCUGUGGAGCAAAUCCUGCAUCCACUGUUUUUCUCUGGUGCAACAUCAAGGAAAUGUUUUACUGGCUAUGUUGGAGCUGCAAAGGAUUCUCCUGUCAGGAGUCAUCUGAAAGCCAGGGUGAGAAGCCUCCAUGGAGUGCCCUGCUUUGUUUUCCUCUUUCAGGGGACACUGUGGUCUCAUGAUUGCCACUACCUGACUUUUGUGUUUUCCUUGGAAUAAAAUGAAGUCCCAGCAGAAGCAAUUGUUCUCAUCUC